UUUUACUUUUGAGGUUAUGUUAAUUUUCGUCUUGUCAAUAGAAGAUCCAUUUGUUGACAGAUAUUUUCGAAAAUAAAAAAGUUUGUUAAGGAAGAUAAUACAGAAAAAUAUUUCAAGAUGAAUCCGUUAACGAAUAUGAAAAAUGUAAAAAAACUAAGCGAACAAGAAUUACAUACAACAAAUAAAACUUCCUGGCACGAUCAGUAUAAAAAUUCUGCAUGGAUAUUUGUUGGUGGAUUGCCGUACGAUUUGAGCGAAGGAGAUAUAAUUUGCAUAUUCUCACAAUUUGGAGAAAUUGUUAAUUUAAAUUUAGUUCGCGACAAGGAAAGCGGUAAACCAAAAGGUUUUUGUUUUAUUUGUUAUGAAGAUCAACGUUCCACUGUUUUAGCCGUAGAUAACUUUAAUGGUAUUAAAAUUUUAAAGCGAAUUAUUCGAGUAGAUCACGUCCAAGACUAUAAAGUUCCUAAAGAUACUCCCAAACUUGAUGAAGUUACGAGAUUAAUCCAAAAUGAAGGUUGUGGUCCAGGAUCAGCAAUUUUAGCACAACAACCACCACAAGUUCCUCAAACUUCGAAACCAAAAGUGGAUGAAUAUGGCGAUAUUAAAUUGCCUGAACGAUUACCAAUUUAUGAUAAUAUAAAAAAAGAAAAAGAAGAUGAAGUGAAGAAAAAACGCAAGGAUAAAAAGAAAAAGGAUAAGAAAAAAUCGAAAACAAAAAAGAAGUCAAAAAAGAAAAAACGUGAAAGUUCUAGUUCGUCGGGUAGUGAAUCAGAAAAUGAAGAAAACUAUGAUUCAAGACCGAAAUCAAAAAAAUCGAAAAAGAAAAAACGUGAAAGUUCCAGUUCGUCGGGUAGUGAAUCAGAAAAUGAAGAAAACCAUAAUUCAAGAUCGAAAACGAAAAGAUCGAAAAAGAAAAAGCGUGAAAGUUCGUCUAGUUUAAGUAGUGAAUCAGAAAAUAAAGAUAACUCUGAUAAUUCAACAGAGGCAAAGAAGAAAAGUGACGAUUCGAGAUCGAAAAUAAGAAAAUCAAAAAAGAAAAAACGUGAAAGAUCAUCGAGUUCAUCAUCAAGUAGUGAAUCCGAAAAUGAAGAUAAUCCCAAAAUAAAAAAAAAGAAGAAAGAUGAUUCGAGAUCAAAAAAUGAAGACAUAGAAAGUAAUGAUUCUAGAUAUGAAAAAAGGAAGAAUAGUAAUCAAGAACGCUAUGAUAAUCACUCAAGAAUAAAAGAAGAACCACAUGAAAUUAAGCAAGAAAAUCGAGAUCGUGAUGAAAUUCAUGAUAGGUAUAAAAAGAAGAAUAAUAGUUAUGAACGCUUUGACAACCAUUCUAGGGUAAAAGAAGAAUUACGUGAAAUUAAACAAGAAAAUAGAGAUCGAAAUGAAAUGGGUCGAAAUAGUGACGAAUUUUAUAAUCGAUAUAAUAAAACGAAUAAUAGCUAUAACGAAAGAUCUCGAAAUUCACGACCAUGGGAAAAUUCGAAUAAGAAUUAUAAUCAAAAUAGAGAUAAGUAUCGAGAGGGUUCAAAUGACAGGAAACGAUCAAAUGAUUUUUCAAAAAAUGAUGAUUAUCAACGACGUAAUAGAGAUGAGUAUCCAUCAACUUCAGGUCGAUAUCAAAAAGGUCAACGAAAUGAACGUCAAAGAGAAGAUGGCAAUCGUUCUAAUUCAAAAUAUAAUAGACAGGAUCGGUAUAAAAAUUAAGUUGUAUUUGUAAAUAAAUAAAAUUUUUAUUUAAUUAAUAAA